AUGCACUUGUCUUGUGAGAGUCCCCUGCAUGAUCAACAUAGUGCAUGCCGAUCGGCAGGGGUGACGUCACGCGGAUCAUGCGAGCAAGUCACAAGACAAGGUGCCAAAGGGCUUGAGGGUACCGAAUACACAAGACUUGGAUGUCGUAGGACAAGGUGUCGAGGGCACGACGGUGCCGAAGGCACAAGACAAGGUGCCGAAUGGCACGGAAAGGGCAUGAAAUUUGGCAUAGUGUCAAAGGCAUUUGCAUAA